AGCUCAGGCCACCGAGCGCACCGCGCACCUAGUGCACCCACAGCUCCCGGGCUCCCGGGGGACAGCGGCUCUAGGUCCGCGGUGCGGACUAGAGAGCGGCGCGACCUUCGCCCCCGCGUCGACUGUGGGCUGCGGCAGGUGUGCGUCGCACCGGGUCCCCGAGUCCUCCCGCCCCGCCACCCGGGCGCCGCGCCCGCCCCGCCCCCGUCCCCGCCCGCCCUCGGGCCGCCCCGGGCAGGGCCUGUAGCUGCCAGGCAUGGGAGGGCGGCCGGCGGCGGAGGGCGGCUGAGCGCGGCCGUGGGACCGCGCGGUGGCCUCUGUCUCUGCGCGCGCCCCUCCUGGCCCUGAGAGGUUCACAGUCAACGAGCUUGCUGGCUGCCGGGCCCCGGCCCCGUGGAGGCGGUGGCGUGGUACUCGCCCAGUCCCGUUGAGAUCGUAGCGCUGUCCCCCCGCGAUGCGCUGAGGGCGCCCAGAUCCCUACACCGGCGUCCUCUGCUGCGCCCAGAGCUGCCGACCCCAUGGGCCCCUCGGGCACCGCGCACAGCGUGCGGACGCCACUGUCUUGGCUGCUGCUGCUGCUGCUGUCUCUGCAGGUGGCAGUGCCGGCGGGCGCGCUGGCCGAGACCCUGCUGGACGCACCCAGGACCAGGGGUGCCAGCUCCAACCCGCCAAGCCCUGCCAGUGUGGUGGCCCCGGGAACGACGCCGUUCGAGGAAAGUCGGUUGCCCGUGUUCACCCUGGAUUACCCCCACGUGCAAAUCCCUUUCGAGAUCACUUUGUGGAUCCUACUGGCCUCCUUGGCCAAGAUUGGUUUUCAUCUCUAUCACAAGUUGCCCACAAUUGUGCCUGAAAGCUGCCUUCUCAUAAUGGUUGGGCUUCUACUAGGUGGAAUUAUCUUCGGUGUUGAUGAGAAGUCUCCCCCGGCAAUGAAGACAGAUGUGUUUUUCCUAUACCUCCUGCCACCCAUCGUUCUGGAUGCUGGCUACUUCAUGCCCACUCGCCCCUUCUUUGAGAACUUCGGCACCAUUUUCUGGUAUGCUGUGGUAGGCACACUGUGGAAUUCCAUUGGCAUUGGGGUGUCUUUGUUUGGCAUCUGCCAGAUUGAGGCAUUUGGCCUCAGUGACAUCACCCUGCUCCAGAACCUGCUCUUCGGCAGCCUGAUCUCAGCUGUGGACCCCGUGGCUGUGCUUGCUGUCUUUGAGAACAUUCAUGUCAAUGAACAGCUCUAUAUCCUGGUGUUUGGCGAGUCUCUUCUCAACGAUGCAGUCACAGUGGUCCUGUACAACUUGUUCAAGUCCUUCUGCCAGAUGAAAACCAUCCAGACCGUAGAUGUGUUUGCUGGCAUCGCUAACUUCUUCGUCGUGGGGAUUGGAGGGGUACUGAUUGGCAUCCUCCUGGGAUUCAUAGCAGCGUUCACCACCCGUUUCACCCACAACAUCCGGGUCAUUGAGCCGCUCUUUGUCUUCCUGUACAGCUACUUGUCCUACAUCACUGCUGAAAUGUUCCACCUUUCAGGCAUCAUGGCGAUCACAGCGUGUGCCAUGACAAUGAAUAAGUACGUGGAAGAGAACGUGUCUCAGAAGUCCUACACGACCAUCAAGUACUUCAUGAAGAUGCUGAGCAGCGUGAGCGAGACCUUGAUCUUCAUCUUCAUGGGCGUGUCCACCGUUGGGAAGAACCAUGAGUGGAACUGGGCUUUCGUCUGCUUUACCCUGGCCUUCUGUCUGAUCUGGCGAGCAUUGGGCGUCUUUGUCCUGACUCAGGUGAUUAACUGGUUCCGGACCAUCCCUCUGACCUUCAAGGACCAGUUCAUCAUUGCCUAUGGAGGGCUCCGUGGAGCCAUCUGCUUUGCACUCGUGUUUCUCCUCCCAGCUACUGUGUUUCCCCGAAAGAAGCUGUUCAUCACGGCUGCCAUUGUCGUUAUAUUUUUCACCGUCUUCAUCCUGGGAAUAACCAUCCGGCCACUGGUGGAGUUUCUUGAUGUUAAGAGAUCCAAUAAGAAGCAGCAAGCUGUCAGUGAAGAGAUCCACUGUCGGUUUUUUGAUCACGUGAAGACUGGGAUUGAAGAUGUUUGUGGACACUGGGGUCACAACUUCUGGAGAGACAAGUUUAAGAAAUUUGAUGACAAAUACCUUCGGAAACUUCUGAUUCGGGAAAACCAACCCAAGUCUAGCAUCGUGUCCUUAUAUAAAAAGCUUGAGAUAAAACAUGCCAUUGAGAUGGCAGAGACAGGGAUGAUAAGCACUGUCCCCUCCUUUGCAUCUCUCAAUGACUGCCGUGAAGAGAAAAUAAGGAAGCUCACGCCAGGUGAAAUGGAUGAAAUUAGAGAGAUAUUAUCAAGGAAUCUCUAUCAAAUCCGUCAGCGGACCUUAUCAUAUAACAGACACAACCUGACGGCGGACACGAGCGAGAGGCAAGCCAAGGAGAUUCUGAUUCGCCGGCGACACAGCCUGCGGGAAAGUCUCAGGAAGGACAACAGCUCAAACCGCGAGCGCAGGGCAUCCACUUCAACCUCCCGAUAUUUAUCCUUACCUAAAAAUACAAAGCUUCCCGAGAAGCUGCAGAAGAAGAAUAAGGUUUCAAAUGCAGAUGGAAAUAGCAGCGACUCGGACACAGAUGCUGGAACCACUGUGCUCAAUUUGCAGCCCAGGGCCAGGCGCUUCUUGCCAGAUCAGUUCUCAAAGAAAGCCUCCCAGGCCUACAAAAUGGAAUGGAAGAACGAGGUGGACGUGGGUUCUGUGCGAGUGCCCCCCAGCGUCCCUCCUCCAGUGCCCCGCAGUAAAGAGGGGGGUACCCAGACACCAGGAGUGCUGAGGCAGCCCCUGCUCUCCAAAGACCAACGGUUUGGCCAGGACAGGGAAGACAGUUUGACUGAAGAUGUUCCACCCAAGCCUCCACCAAGGUUGGUUCGACGAGCAUCAGAACCCGGGAACAGGAAAGGCCGCCUCGGCAAUGAAAAGCCAUGAUAUGAAGCCAAAGCAAGCUUGGGGUGAAUGGGCUAGCAUCGUUGUGACUUCUUACUCAAACCUGAUCGACCGUGGAAUCCGUUUAAAAUCCUCUAUCUAGAGGCAUUCUUUGGGAAGUAGAGUCAAGCCACUGAUUCGAGGGAGGAACACUGCUUAUCUAUCCCAAGAAGAGGAAGGUCAGAGGAAGGAAGUCCCACAAAAUGACUUUUGUGACUUUUGGCUAGUAAAUGUAUUCUUUCAAGGCCUGAAAGAAAAAAAAAAAAGUGUGCCUUUAUUGAACUUGAAUGACAGAACUUGAAAAUUUUAACGCACCUUUGUUGGUGAAAAUUUUAAUAUAUUACAAAUAUGCCUCAGAUUUAUUUAUGAAAAAAUGUGUUUAUCUGUAGUGAUCAUUUUUUUUUUAAGGGAAUUACACUAAAAGUGGUGAGAACAUUUUUCCGAGGGGAUGAAGGUCAGCUCCUAGAGGUGGGUUCUAAGUUUCAGAUCCCACCAUUCCCAUCCUGAGCUGAUGGACCACUUGGUAAAGUAGAAUGCUGUCCCUCGAAGAGGCCUUGGCUGACAGUAAUAGGGCACAGGUUGGAAUGUGUAGGCAGAUGAAAUGGCGUGUCUCUCAGAGUGUGGGUGGGAAGUCCCUGUACAACUUUAAAACAAUGAGGCUCAGACUGCUCUUGGUCCAUUCCUGUGUUUUCCGUGGCUUUGGAGUAACCUGUAAUCUCCACUCCCCACCCCACACCCCUUUUUGUCUAGGUACAGAAAGAUUCCCAUGAGCAAAAUCAGGCCAUAGUGUUUAAAGACUUGGUAGCAGCUUCCGAGAAGUCCUACCAGUGAGGACCUCUUGUGGCCAGUGCGGGACAGGGUGGCCGCCACGAGAGACCACUUGAGUUUAUUUUGUGUGGUGCUGGGAGGAAAGGGAGGGGGUUCCUUUUAUUAGGGACCCACGACCACCUGCUUUAAUAAAAUUGUCCUGUAGUGCAUCCAGGGCUAUAAGCUAGGAAGGAUCACGCCUUCCAAUGUUGAAGUGGUGAGUCUUCGGGUUUGACUUUGGAUGAGGAAGCACUUUGGAGAAAACCCCCACUUCUUGCACUAGUCUUUAAUUUGUUACCUCUUCGCCUUUGAUAAUGUAGUGACUCAAAUUUGACCUGAACAAUUAGGUUCUAUUCUCUGGAGUACUUUUCAGGAGUAUGGCAGAGAGAAACGGUGGGACGCAAUCAUUAAAGAUUCAUAUUUAAACCAAUGUCUCUUAAGCUGCAGAUUUAUUAUUAAAGAUUCAUAUUU